AAAAAAAGCAAAAAAGAAGUUAAAAGGGAGGGAUAUUUUGAAGAGAAAAACUGUUGCUUUGCGUUUUUUUGGAUUUUGGGUUGUGAUAUGAAUUGUGUGUUUUGGGGUUGUUCUUCAAAAGGAUCUGUCUUGAGCUUUUGGGUUUUGUUUUCAAGUCUUUAAAGAAGGGGAAAUGGCUGGAAGUAAUGAAGUCAACCUCAAUGAGUGCAAGAUGGUGGUUCCCCUAAAUACAUGGGUCCUCAUCUCCACUUAUAAGUUGGCUUACAAUCUUCUUCGUCGACCUGAUGGCACUUUCAAACGUCACUUGGCAGAGUUUCUUGAUCGGAAAGUCCCUGCUAAUGCGAACCCAGUUGAUGGGGUUUUCUCAUUUGAUGUCAUCAUUGAUCGUAGCACGAGCCUUUUUAGUCGGAUUUAUAGACCAGCUACUGCUGAAGAGCCUCAGCCAAACAUUGUUGAGCUUGAGAAGCCUGUUAUGGCUGAGGUUGUCCCUGUUAUAAUUUUCUUUCAUGGUGGAAGCUUUGCACAUUCCUCGGCAAAUAGUGCUAUAUAUGACACUCUUUGUCGCCGAUUGGUAGGUGUUUGUAAGGCUGUUGUGGUCUCUGUGAAUUAUCGGCGUGCACCUGAAAAUAGAUAUCCAAGUGCUUAUGAUGAUGGGUGGACUGCUCUUAAGUGGGUUAACUCUAGAUCAUGGCUUCAAAGCCAGAAAGAUUCAAAGGUUCAUAUAUAUUUGGCUGGGGAUAGCUCUGGUGGUAACAUUGCACACCAUGUCGCAGCUCAAGCUGUAGAAUCAGGAAUUGAUGUAUUGGGAAAUAUAUUACUCAAUCCAAUGUUUGGUGGACAAGAAAGAACUGAAUCUGAAAAGCGUUUAGAUGGGAAAUAUUUUGUUACUCUGCAAGACCGGGACUGGUACUGGAGAGCUUUUCUCCCUGAAGGAGAAGACAGGGAUCAUCCUGCAUGUAAUCCAUUUGGUCCUAAUGGUAAGAGUCUUGAAGGAAUCAAAUUUCCAAAGAGUCUGGUAGUGGUUGCUGGCUUGGACCUUGUUCAGGAUUGGCAAAUGGCUUAUGUUGAAGGGCUCAAAAACGCUGGCCAAGAGGUUAAACUUUUAUAUUUGGACCAGGCAACAAUUGGUUUCUACUUGUUACCGAACAACAACCACUUCCAUACUGUUAUGGGCGAGAUAAGUAAAUUUGUGAGUUCUAACUGUUAAUAGGAUUAACUUUACCUACAGGCAGCCAUAAAUGAUAGGAGCUUGACAUUCCACUUGUGGUAAUUAAGAAGUUUGCAGUCUAUGAUUGUGUAGUAUUACUACUUACUGUCGUAUUAAUCAUGGUAUUAUUGCUAGCUGGCUCCCUUGGGCUCUGCUUUUUCCCUGAUUUAUAGAGUACCGGCCUUGGUUAUAUGGUGAAGAAGAGGUAUUUCAGCACAUAGCUGGAUCAGGAUGUGUUCUGGUCUGCAUUCAAUCACCUGGACUUGGGGUGUUAUGGUUUGAUGAAGCUUCUGCGGCAGUCAUGUUUAGCAGACCACUAAAUUUUAAGAAUUACAAAUUCUGGCUUCUUGCCACAAAGGAGAAGAAGACAGGAAAUAUAUGGAUAACAUUUGGUACCUGAUCAAGGGAUUGGUGCCUGGCUAAUGUUAUAUAAGCUAAUUUUAGAACAUGGAUUAGAAAGGUUCCAUGGUGUUGUGACCCUGUAUGUUUAUACAUAUGUGUUAGUAUAUAUAAAGAUGUUUGCUUAUUGCGGUUUUUAGUUUUCUUUUUCUCCAUUUUAAAUUUUGGUAUUCUGUUUGCUCUAUUCUUGUUGGACACUCCUGGACAAGUGUAAAUACAACUAUGCUCUAUAAGAUUUGAGAAAUUUUUAAUUAGA